GGGAAGUGGGCGGAGCUUCUGGAGAACUUUGUCCUAGAUAUGAAAAACAAGUGGGGUAUAAAUAGGACGAGUCCAGACGAGUGUUUAUCGAUCUCAGACGACUGGAGAGAAAAUCUGCACUGACUGAAGACUGAACAAAUCGACACACAGAGAGUGUGUGUGUGGGGAGGAGGGAUGUGGAGGUCUCUGGGCCUCACCCUACUGGCCGGCCUGUUGGUGGUCUGUGGGGGUGAGAGUGAGACAGAUGGAGCCAGAUGUAAACCUGCGGCCGUGUGGAAGGUCGACGAUGUGCAGCCACUGAAGGACAGCCUGGGCCGAGUGACUGUGGUGGCCUUCCUCCAGGCCAGCUGAUUGUUCUGCCUGUCGCAGGCAGCCAGACUGGAUGAACUGCGCCAGAAGCUAGAGACUGCAGGCUUGAUAAACAUCACGUACAUGGUGGUGAACAGCCAGGACGAAAACUCACGCCGUCUUCACUCUCUGCUGGAGAAGAGACUCUCAGAUAACAUAGCUCUGUACAAGCAGAACCCUGAAGAACCUGACGUGUGGAGCGCAGCCAAUGCUGAGAAGGACGACUUCCAGAUCUAUGACAGAUGUGGACGUCUCACACAUCACCUGUCUCUGCCGUACACCAUCUUGAGCCAGCCGCACGUGGAGGAGGCCAUCAGAAACACCUACUGCACUGCUGUGUGUGGAGACUGCAACCUGGAGCAAUCUGAACACCUGGAGGCAUGUAACAGGACCAAGGAGGAGAAAACAGAGGAGGAAACACCACGUGCAGUAGAAGAAGAUCAGCAUCAUCAUCACUAUAGCCACCAUGGAGAUCAUAACCACAGAGGACAUCACCAUGGAGGUCAUCACCACAGAGGUCAUCACCCUGGCCACCAUCCCCAUGAUGGUGGAGAGAGGCAUAGUCACAGUGGCUCCAGUCACCAGCAUGGCCACGAGGAUCGAAUCAUUGUAGGACAGGUGCAGAGAGGCUCUGUAGAUCUGGGCCAGUUUGAGAGGAGGCAGGUUGAUUUGGGACAGGCCCAUGUGGGGCAGAUAGAUCUGGGCCAGGUUGGAAUUGGACAUCUAGACCUGGGGCUUGUAGCUGAUGAUGUAGGGAACCAGCAGGUGAUGCAGCGUCCCUGAGCUACCAGGUGAAAAUUCCCAUUCCUGUGUCAGCAGGGGGUGCUCUCUGACCCCUCCAGCUGAUGCUGACACUGACGGCGUCUGAUUGGCCAGCACCUUAAUGAGCGGCCACUCUGACACUGUGCCGGGCCUCUGGCCGCUCCUUGUCUCUGACAGGGUCUCACAGUGGAACAGAGCAACAUCAGGGAAACCUGACAGUGACGCCCCGCCCACCUGGGUGACUGACAGCAGGCUCAGCCAGUCUGAACCUGACCUGCAGGGAUUAGCCAAUGAGAAUGACAGGUGAUAUAAGCAGGGACGAGAACUUAGACCAACGACACGCUGGCAACUUUCCUUUAAGAUCAGCAGCACCCUCAAGUGGGCAAAAUCUGACCAAUUAGAGACCAGGAUUUCAUGCAAAGUUCCAAUGUUGAUAGAUUUUAGUUGUUAAGUAACAGUUUGAGAUUAUCAUUUAAUACAGCUUCAUGUAGCUGACAUGCUAACUGAACUGAUGGUAGCUAAUCAGCAGGUUAGCCUUGGCCUAUAAUUUUAUUAACAUAAAAAUUAAAAAAUGAGUAACUCAACCUGCUCCAGAAAGUUGCCAGUGUAUCAAGGCAUCACCUGAACCUGACAGGAAAUCACCAACAAGUAUUGAUCCCUCAGAUUGUCCCUGAAAUGAACCCUCACCUCCUCCGCUAACCAGUGAUCUUUACUCCUCAUCGUUACCUGAGGAACUUUCCCCUGAUGGACACUUGGUGUGUCCAGUAAAUCAGGUGACAUCCUGAAUAGUGAUGGACGUGUUGGUUCAUGCUGGUGACGAUCUGAGUGGCCAUGUUGGCGUGUUCCUCCUCCGCUAGGACUCUCUGGGGCUUUAAUGAUGUCAGAUGCAGAAACUAUGACGUAGUGGCGUCUGUCUGAUCCUCAGCCAAUCAGAGAGAACGAGGAACAUCACACAACAUGACACACUAAAAUGUAGAAGAGUUAGGAGUUAGCAUUAGCAUCGUAUUAACCCCUUCACACCCUGUGUCUGUUAGCAUGUGACUAAAAGAACUGAAGGAAAAGUCCACAGAUUGGAUGUGUGCAAGGAAGAGAAACACAAAAAAAGUGUUCUUUAUAAAAAAUAACAACAAAUUAUGGGUCAUAACUACUAAACAUUCAGCUACAUGCUAGCGAUUAGCGCCGGGUCUGAGGGAGUUAAAUGUAAUAAAUCUCUGCUACAUGCUAGUUAAUAUAAUAAAAAUAGAAGAAGCUAAGCUUAAUGAAAAUAUCUGCAGUAUCUACAGUAACAUAUCAUCACACACACACACACACACACACACACACACAUUAUUAGAGGGUGUGUGAGACAUUUUGAGUACUACAUGAAGGUUUUCUGGGAAAGUCAGUAAACCAGGAACCCUGAUGCCCAGUAGGAGAAAUGUUCACACUGGUCAUGAUGGAGUGUGUGUGUGUGUGUGUUCUCAGUGUAAAACUGUAGUGAAAUUGUCUUAAACUUUCAGAAAUAAACGAGAUCUUUCCUGAA